AAAACCAAUAAGAAACACAAAACCAAGGAAAACUUAAGGAAUUGGUAUAUUCUUAUGGUUUUAAGCUGAUUUAAUUAGCACCUCAAAUCAGAAUUUGGACAAUGAGUUUAAAGGCUACACUUUUUUUUUGCAAUUUAUAGAUCUGUGUUUGUGCAGUUUUUAUAGAUUGCUCAGAUGACCAAUGAUACCCAUACCCAUGUGUGAGAUGCUGUGUAUGCAGUGGAGUGCGCUGCUGAGGCUCAGAAUGGCAACAAUAAGUUGGGGAAAUACUUGAAGGCAACCAGAAAAUAAAUAACUCAGGGCAAAUGCAAAGGCCUACACUGUAGCAAGAAUCAUUAGCCCUGUGCAUGCAGGUUAGGAGCUGUAGUCUUGAGGUCCUGAGGGCACAGGUGGGCCUCAGCUGCACUGAUCACCCCAGCCAUGCCCUCUGCUUCAGGCCUGUCUCUCUGUGGCAUGCCUCGGCUCUAUAUCCCAAAUCCUAUUUCAGACCAGCAACUCAGGAUGAACCCUGCCUCCUCCUCUCAGCCAGCAGAGAGCCAGCAGCAGGGAUAAUGGAGCAUGGAAGAGAUUUCUAAGAUCCUGAAAUUCCAAGUCUACAAGACCAAGUGAAGCAAACCGUUCUCCCAAGUCCUUUAUGCUGGCUGUCAGUGAGUUCUCCUUCCACCUGCUUAAAGCCAUACCUGGGACCUUGCUGCAAGCUCUCAUCCCUUUUGGAACCACUUGGCAAAGAGCAAGUACUUUGAUGUGAAAAAGUCAAGGCUGUUGUGACUUUGCUGUUCAUAUUCCCUGGGUAGCAGAGACACUUAAAUGAAGACUUGUGUGAAGACAGAUGCGGUUAUUUUUUUCUUCAAGAGCGUGACGCAGCGAAACCUAUCGCCAAUGAAUUAAGAAGACAGACAACGCUUGAUAAACACUCAGAUCUCUUAAGAGCCCCAUUAUAUUCUCUAAACUAGUAUCCAUUGUUUUGAAUGUGGUAGAGCAGUAAGUCAGGAGUUGUGAAGUUUGGGGAAAAUGGCCUGUGAAUUUAACCUAAACUUCCUUAAGGAAUUGGAGCGAGAGGCUGUUCUGCAAGUCCUGUACCGUGACCAGAUCGUGAGAAAAACAGAGGAAGAAAGAGUAAGGAAACUGAAAAUGCAGCUGCACCAGCUUCGAUGGAAAGGGGCAAGAAAUGUAAGCCAUGAAUACCAGGAGAGAUCUUGUGCUCGCUGCCAGAAAUCCCUUGGAUUGUUGAUGAACAGAGGUGCAGUGUGCAACGGGUGUAGUCAUCGAGUGUGCUCGGAAUGUCGUGUCUGCCUGAAGCCUUCCCUUUGGAAAUGCACUGUUUGUUAUGCUCAUGGGGAUGUGAAAGUAAAGGCUGGUGAAUGGUUCUUUGAGGAACGAGCCAAGAAAUAUCCAGAUGAAGGCAGACAUGAAACAGCUGGUGCAAAGCUCUUGAAAUCUUAUCAGAAGCUGAGUAAAAUUUCUAUUGUACCUCCAACUCCACCUCCUUACACUGAACCCACAGCAGGCAGUAACGUGAAGGAACUUGGACAGUCUAAAAGUUUUAAUAAAUCUGUGGAAAACUUGUUUUUGUCUCUCACAACACAUAUAAAAAAAAUCUCUAAGUCCCAGAAUGAUAUGGCUGACAGAAGUCUUCUAACGACAGAUUAUGGGCAUAAUGUGGAAAGAAGGAAGCAAAGGAGGAGCCAGUCUGACACAGCCAUCAACAUUACGAGCAGGAAGAAAAGUACACCCAGUCUUCAAGAGCUCUUCUAUGGGGCUCAAAAUGACAAUGACAUUCUUACCAAAAGGAGUUGCAAGCAAGAGGAAGACAUAACAACCAGUCCCACAAGUGAUGCCGUUUUCUGUGAUGGCAGGAAACAUGGGAGUUUGUAUAGUCUUAACAGCACUUGCACUGAAGCUGGCAACUUUGGCAAAGCUAACGUCACAGGAGAAAUAGAGUUUGCCAUUAGAUACAUCUUCAAAGCUUGCAUCUUAGAAAUUUGCAUCAAGGGAUGCAAGAAUCUGGCUUAUGGAGAGGAGAAGAAGAAAAAAUGUAAUCCGUAUGUCAAGGUUUAUUUACUUCCUGAUAAAUCUUCUCGGAGUAAGAGGAAGACAGCUGUCAAAAAGAACACGGUGGAUCCAGAAUUUGAUGAGAUUUUGAAGUACAAGAUUGAGUGCUCCCAGCUGGGAAGUCGGCAGCUUCAGAUCUCUGUGUGGCAUGCAGGAGCGCUCAAGUACAGGGUGUUUUUGGGGGAAGUGGUGAUUCCACUGGCAGCAUGGUGUUUUGAAGAUAGCUCAAUGGAGUCGUUCAACUGGUACCAGCUCAAAUCCAAGCACGAAAAGCCUGAAGAUUAUCUUAUUCAAUACAGCGGAGAACUCCUGGUGUCUGCAAGACUGUCAGUAUCAGCCCAGUAUAAAAAUGUCCAGUUUGAAAGCUGGAUGACAGAAGGAAAAAAAGACCAAGGAUUUUCCAACUGCCAGCUUCAGGUUAUGAUAUUUGGGGCCAGGAACUUGCCUGUGCUGAGAUCUGCUGGAAUGCUGAACUCGUUCGUUAAAGGCUGUCUUAUCCUUUCAGACCAAGCAGAGUUAAAGCAAAAGUCACCUGUGGUGAAGAAAGAAGACUGUCCUCAGUGGAGACACUUGUUUGUCUUUGAUGUUACCCCAGCUCAGCUACAGCAGUCGUGUCUACACUUGACUGUCUGGGACCAGUCAACUUUUGGUUCACCUGAUCAAUUCCUAGGGGGAGCCAAGCUUGGUGCAACACAGUCACUUGGUUUUACAGACCCCAUUUCUCCAUCAGUGCUUCAAUGGCAAGAAGUAUUCCACAGGCCAAACACGUGGAUGGACUUCACACUUACACUGCAUUCAAAUAUGGAGAACUUUAAAUCAUGAAGAUAAUGGCCUAACUGCUUUCCCUUCUCAGUGGGUGAUAUUUCGAGUGGCACAUAUACAUUCUAGGCAUGGAGAAAGGUACUGUUGUGGUGUACCCUACUCCAGUGCUUGGGGAAUUGAGUUGUAAGUUUGAAUGGCUGUGAUACUGAAGGUCUUAUUUCUCAAAAAAAUAAAGCUUCGUUAUCUUAUACCCCA